AUGGAAAGACGAGGAGUCGCCGAAGCGAUUGUCAAGGGACCAAAACAUAACGACCCCAGAAAUCCUGAUCCUAAGGGUGACCACUGGACCGUGGAGUUGAUCAAAGAAAGCGGGGAUUUCGUGACGAAGAAGCAUGUGUAUCCUGAAGAUGAGAAAUGA